AUGCUUAGAUUCAGACGUUUCAGCUCCACUUUUAACCAGGCAAAAGUGCUACGAAAGUAUCCGGUUGGUGCAGUUUUUCACGGUUAUGAGAUCAAAAGGAUCCUUACCGUUCCAGAAUUCAAGCUCACAGCUGUGGAUUUGGCACACUUGCAAACAGGUUCGCAACAUAUCCACAUUGAUAGAGAUGACAAAAACAAUGUGUUCAGCGUGGUGUUCAAAACAAAUCCUCCCGAUGCGACUGGUGUACCGCACAUCCUGGAACACACAACGCUGUGUGGAUCCCAAAAAUAUCCAGUUAGAGAUCCUUUCUUCAAGAUGUUAAAUCGGUCACUGGCCACUUUCAUGAAUGCAAUGACAGGCCACGACUACACCUUUUAUCCCUUUGCAACUUGCAAUAAAGCAGAUUUCAAUAAUCUCAGAGAAGUAUAUCUCGACGCGACGUUUAAUCCGCUUUUAAAACAGGAAGAUUUCUGGCAAGAAGGCUGGAGAUUGGAAAACGCCGACAUUACUGACAAAGCCAGCGAUCUCGUUUUCAAAGGCGUGGUAUACAACGAAAUGAAGGGUCAAGUGUCGAACUCAGACUACUAUUUCUGGACCAAAUUUCAGGAAAGCAUUUAUCCGGCACUCAAUAAUUCUGGUGGCGACCCUCAAUUCAUUACAAAUUUGCAUUACGUGGACCUGGUUGAUUACCACAGUCGCAACUACCAUCCGUCCAAUGCCAAGACUUUUACGUACGGCAAUUUCCCGCUCGACGAAACACUCAAGAAGCUCAAUCAAGAGUUUCAGGCGUAUGGGAGGCGACCAAUUUCAACUCGCGAAUUGAAGCCUAUUGACUUGGGAGACAAAGUAACACGAGUGGAUCUACGAGGUCAGAUGGACCCCAAUUUGCCUGAAAACCGACAAAUUAAAACCUCAUUGACAUGGAUCUGCGGUAAUCCAAGGAAUACGUACGAAACGUUUUUGCUGAAGAUUUUGGGUAAUCUUUUGAUGGAUGGCCACUCGUCACCCCUGUACCAGCAACUGAUAGAAUCCGGUUUGGGCUACGAUUUCAGUGUUAAUUCGGGUGUGGAGUCCACCACAAACGCCAAUUUUUUCACAGUGGGCAUCCAGGGCUGCGAAAAGGACACUGACCUUGACGAGAUUGUAAAAUCAAUUUUCGUCACCAGUCUCUCGAAGCCCUUCGAGGAAAAGAAAAUCGAAGGUAUCUUGCAACAGCUAGAGCUUGCGAAAAAGGAUCAAAAAUCUGAUUUUGGAUUACAGCUCUUAUAUUCUAUUGUUCCUAACUGGGUCAAUAAAUGCGAUCCCUUUGACAGUUUGCUUUUCGACGAUAUCUUAAAUCAAUUCAGAUCUGAUUGGGCUGAAAGACGCGACGAAGUUUUCAGGGAUCUCAUUAGAAAUUAUCUUCUUAACAAAGGCCGUUUUAAGUUUACUGUGCUAGGUGACAAUGGAUUUUCAGAAUCGAUAAAAGAGGAGGAACUCCAAAGGCUAGCAACAAAAAAAGAAGCUUUAAAUCAGGCAGAUCGUGACCUUAUAUGGAAGAGGGGUAAAGAGCUUGAUAACAAGCAGCGUAUGUCGGAAGAUUUGAGUUGUUUGCCCAGCUUAAAAAUUUCUGACAUCCCGCGUAAAGGUGAUGGAUUUUCUGUUACUCAGACUGAUAACAUUUUGAAACGGCUAUCAAAUACAAACGGUAUAACGUAUGUGCGCGGGAAAAGACCUCUAAACACCGUCAUUCCACAAGACCUUUAUCCAUACUUAGCUCUGUUUGCCGACUCCUUGACCAGCCUUGGUACCACCCAUGAGGAAUUCAGCGACAUCGAAGACGAAAUUAGGUUACAUACAGGAGGAAUUUCGGCCAAUGUCUCUGUCGUAUCUGAUCCUGAGACAUGUGAACCCUCUCUGCAACUCGACGUUGGAGGAUGGUCCUUAAAUCACAAGACAGAACACGUUUUCGACUUGUGGAACAAGAUUUUGGUUCAAACAGAUUUUAAUAAGCACAAAGAAAAACUCAAGGUACUCAUCAGGUCAUUGGCAGCUUCCAAUACCGCAUCUGUCGCUGAAAGCGGACACUCUUAUGCGCGGAAUUACGCCGGCGCGCAUUUGAGGGCCUCCAAAUCCGUUUACGAAAGUAUGGGAGGACUUGAGCAAAUUCAGUUAAUAACCCAAAUUGCGUCUCUUAUUGAUGAUGACAAGCUCUUUCAAACUGCAGUGAUCGACAAAUUAGCGGCUUUGCAAAAGUGCAUCGUUGGAUCAAAUGGAUUCCAAUUCUUCAUUACAGCGGACUCGAGUAAUCAACUUGACGUGGUUCAAGGUCAAAUUCAAAAGUUCUUGGGGAACUUGCCCCUUGUUAAUGACUUUCAGUCGUUCAACGUUAAAGAGUAUCCUCUCGUUAUAUCGCAAACUCCAUCGACUCUGAUCCAGUUCCCCUUUCAGGUUUACUACGCGGCACAAUCUUUCGUUGGAGUGCCCUAUACACAUAAGGAUGGCGCAGCUUUGCAAGUACUCGCAAGCGUCUUGACUUUCAAGCGCUUACACCGCGAAAUAAGAGAAAAGGGUGGUGCUUACGGGGGCGGCGCCACUUAUUCUGCAUUAGAUGGCCUCUUCUCGUUCCAUUCCUACAGAGAUCCGCAUCCUUUGAAUUCAUUGGAAGUUUUCUCACAAACCGGAGAUUUCGUCGCUAACUCUGCCAAGUGGACUGAAAGCGACCUGGACGAGGCAAAACUCACCAUUUUCCAGCAGGUGGACGCCCCAAUCAGCUGUAAAAGCGAAGGAUCUCUUCUAUUCCACUACGGUGUCUCAGACACGCUACGUCAACGUAGAAGGGAACAGCUUCUAGAUGUGCAGCUCGACGACGUCUAUCGCGUCGCUGACAAAUAUCUUCUUGGCAGGCCUGCCAUUUCUGCUGUCAUUGGACCCUUGAUAAAGGAGCCAGCUCUGGGAUCAAACUGGUCAAUCAAGAACUUGUAG